CCUCCUCCAUUUCCGCUACUCAUAUCUCCAUUGAUUGCUGAUCUUUUGCUUCUCCUCUUUUCCCUUCUCUUCUCUUCUACGCCAUCCAUUUCUUUCUCCCUUCCCCCACACCUCCCCACAUGCCCUUCUCCCUCCCUCGCUCUCUUCUUCAGGUAAAAACUCCCACACCCCGCAUCAGGUGUUCAAUCGCCUCGAUCCCCUUUUCUUUUCGUCCCUUCCGUUUUGCUUCACUUGCAUUCCGAUUUCAGCGUCAAUGGCGGCGGGAUGUUUGUUUCUCAAUUGCUUCAGGAUGUGUGUGUGUGUGUGAGUGAGUGAGUAGCUGAAGUAGAGUUGAGUCGGAUCCGUGUUUGUUUCAGUACUCUUGAGUGAUCAGUUAGUGGCGGCAAUUCACAGGAGAAUUGAUGCUUUAACGUGCUUGGCCGGCGGAUCUGGAGAGGGGGCGAGGUUUUUGGGUUGGUUUUCUGUGUGUUUAUAUAUUUUGACUGACGGGGGAAUCUUGAAGUUGAACAAUGGCGGCUACACUGGCUUGGAGGUUCGGUGCCAGCAAUGGCAGCAGCUAUUCCCCAAAUGAUAUGGAUAAAAAUGGCGAUACUAAACUUCAAGAUUCGGAGCCCCCAACCCCACAUUCAGUUAUGAAGAUGAGUUUAAGAGACCGUACCAGUAGCAUGGAAGAUCCAGAUGGCACAUUAGCCAGUGUUGCACAAUGCAUCGAGCAAUUGCGGCAAAGUUCCUUAUCAGUACAGGACAGAGAAUAUUCUUUGAGGCAGUUGCUAGAACUUAUUGAGACACGGGAAAAUGCUUUCAGUGCUGUUGGUUCUCACUCUCAAGCAGUGCCCGUGCUUGUUUCCCUUCUCCGAUCUGGAUCACUCGGAGUCAAGAUACAAGCUGCUACAGUUUUAGGCUCUCUAUGCAAGGAAAAUGAACUAAGAGUAAAAGUACUGCUUGGAGGCUGCAUCCCACCACUGCUUGGCCUUCUGAAAUCAAGCUCUGCAGAGGGUCAAAUUGCUGCAGCGAAAACGAUUUAUGCUGUUUCUCAAGGUGGCGUAAAGGAUCAUGUGGGUUCAAAGAUUUUUUCGACUGAAGGAGUUGUACCAGUGCUCUGGGAGCUGCUUCGGAAUGGGCUCAGAUCUGGCAACUUAGUUGAUAACCUUCUGACUGGUGCAUUAAAGAAUCUUUCUAGCAGUACCGAGGGUUUCUGGACUGCAACAGUUCAAGCUGGUGGAGUGGAUAUACUUGUGAAGCUGCUUACAACUGGACAACCUGGCACUCAAGCAAAUGUAUGCUAUCUUCUUGGAUGCAUGAUGAUGGAAGAUUCAUCUAUUUGCUCCAAGGUCUUGGCUGCGGAGGCCACCAAACAACUGCUGAAGUUAAUAGGCUCUGGAAAUGAGGCCCCUGUGAGAGCAGAAGCUGCCGGUGCACUUAAGUCCCUGUCAGCCCAGUGUAAAGAAGCAAGACGAGAAAUUGCCAGUGCUAAUGGAAUCCCUGUCUUGAUCAAUGCCACGAUAGCUCCCUCAAAAGAAUUCAUGCAAGGUGAGCAUGCCCAAGCAUUGCAGGAGAAUGCUAUGUGUGCCCUUGCAAAUAUUUCUGGUGGUUUGUCUUUUGUCAUUUCGAGCCUUGGGCAAAGCCUUGAAUCAUGUUCUUCUCCUGCACAAACUGCUGAUACCCUGGGUGCUUUGGCAUCCGCUUUAAUGAUAUACGACAGCAAAGCUGAAUCAACAAGGGAAUCAGAUGCUGAAGCUGUGGAGAAAACCUUGGUUAAACAGUUCAAGCCUAAGUUACCAUUUCUUGUCCAGGAGCGGACAAUAGAGGCCUUGGCCAGUUUAUAUGGUAACCCUAUUCUCUCUCUCAAACUCGAGAACUCUGAAGCAAAACGUCUGCUUGUUGGCUUGAUCACAAUGGCGACCAAUGAAGUACAGGAAGAGCUCGUGAGAGCCCUUCUCAUGCUUUGCAACAAUGAAGACAGCUUAUGGCGUGCACUUCAAGGCCGUGAAGGGGUUCAGCUAUUGAUAUCUCUUCUGGGUCUUUCCUCGGAACAACAACAAGAAUGUGCAGUUGCCUUGCUCUGUCUUUUAUCUCAUGAAAAUGAUGAAAGUAAGUGGGCCAUCACUGCUGCUGGAGGCAUACCCCCACUAGUUCAAAUUCUUGAGACGGGUUCUGUCAAAGCCAAAGAAGAUUCUGCAACAAUCCUCAGGAACCUAUGCAAUCACAGCGAGGAUAUACGUGAAUGCGUUGAAAGUGCUGACGCUGUUCCUGCAUUAUUAUGGCUUCUGAAAAAUGGAAGUGCAAAUGGGAAAGAGAUUGCAGCAAAGACAUUGAAUUAUUUGAUCCAUAAAUCCGAUACAGCUACCAUCAGUCAGCUAACUGCACUGCUGACCAGCGAGCUUCCAGAAUCAAAAGUCUAUGUUCUUGAUGCUCUGAAAAGUAUGCUCUCCAUGGUGUCAUUGAAUGACAUAUUACGUGAGGGUAGUGCUGCAAAUGAUGCCAUUGAGACGAUGAUAAAGAUACUCAACUCUACUAAGGAAGAGACUCAGGCAAAGUCAGCCUUCGCUUUAGCUGGAAUCUUUGAGACCAGGAAGGACUUGCGUGAGAGUAGCAUUGCCGUUAAGGCUCAAUUGUCAGUUAUGAAAUUGCUGAACGUUGAAUCUGAAAGCAUUUUGGCUGAGUCAUCUCAUUGCCUUGCUGCAAUAUUUCUUUCAGUCAAGGAAAACAGAGAUGUGGCAGCAGUUGUGCGUGAUGUCUCGUCCCCCUUGAUAACACUUGCUAAUUCUUCUGCUUUGGAGGUCGCUGAACAGGCGACCUGUGCUUUGGCAAACCUUCUUCUGGAUGGUGAAGUUUUGGAGAAAGCAGUUUCCGAGGAAAUCAUUCUACCUGCUACUAGGGUCUUGCGUGAAGGCACAAUUUCUGGGAAGACCCACGCAGCUGCUGCAAUUGCUCGCCUAUUGCAUUCUCGCCAAAUUGAUUAUGCUAUAACUGAUUGCGUCAAUCGUGCUGGGACUGUCCUAGCAUUGGUUUCCUUUCUUGAAUCUGCUAAUGGCGGACCUUCUGCUGUGGCUGAGGCGUUAGAAGCACUUGCUAUAUUGUCGAGGUCAAACGAGACGGCAGGUGGACAGAUUAGACCUGCAUGGGCAGUUUUAGCGGAGUUUCCUGAGAGCAUAACUCCGAUAGUCUCGUCAAUAGCAGAUGCGGCACCGAUGUUACAGGACAAAGCUAUUGAGAUCUUGUCUCGAUUUUCCAGAGAUCAAUCGGCUGUGUUAGGCGAGAUGGUGGCUACUGCCUCCGGAUGUAUAGCCUCAGUUGCUAAAAGAGUGAUCAAUUCCAAGAGUGGUAAAGUGAAAAUUGGAGGAGCUGCACUACUUACUUGUGCUGCCAAAUAUAGUCACCAGAGGGUGGUGGAAGAUCUCAAUCAAUCCAAUUCCUGUAUCUAUCUCAUUCAGUCACUUGUUGCGAUGCUUACUUCUGCGGAGUCCGCUUCUCCAAGCCAAAAUGAUGUUGAUGAUGAGAAGGAGUGCAUCAGCAUCUGCAGAACUUCUAAAGUAGAGGGUGGAUAUGGAGAGUCUGCUUCAGAGACAUCUAUGAUUCAUGGUUAUAACUUAGCUAUUUGGUUGCUCUCAGUUCUUGCUUGCCAUGAUGAGAAGAGCAAGAUUUUUAUACUGGAGGCUGGAGCUGUUGAAGCUGUGACUGACCGAAUCUCAAAUUGCUACUUGCUGUACAAUCAGCAGAGUGAGCUUAGUGAGGAUAGAAGCAUAUGGAUAUGUUCUUUACUACUGGCAAUUCUAUUCCAAGAUAGAGACAUCAUCCGAGCACACGCAACCAUGAAAUCCAUACCUGUACUUGCAAACUUACUGAAAACAGAAGAGUUCGCAAACAGGUACUUUGCUGCGCAAGCAAUAGCAAGUUUGGUCUGCAAUGGUAGCAGGGGCACUCUUCUCUCAGUUGCCAAUUCCGGUGCUGCUGGUGGACUCAUUUCUUUACUGGGCUGUGCUGACGCUGAUAUCUCCGACCUUCUGCAACUCUCAGAAGAGUUCGGGUUGGUUCAUUACCCCGAUCAAGUGGCUCUCGAGAGGUUGUUCAGAGUCGAAGACAUAAGAGUCGGUGCUACUUCAAGGAAAUCCAUACCAGCCCUCGUCGAUCUACUUAAGCCAAUUCCCGAUCGCCCUGGAGCACCUUUCCUGGCACUCGGCCUCUUGACUCAGCUCUCAAAAGACUGUCCAUCAAACAAGAUCGUCAUGGUCGAGUCAGGCGCCUUGGAAGCAUUAACAAAGUAUCUCUCCCUCGGCCCACAAGAUGCAACCGAGGAAGCUGCAACUGACCUUCUGGGAAUUCUAUUCAGCAGUGCCGAGAUCAGGCGACACGAGUCAGCUUUUGGCGCUGUGAGUCAGCUUGUCGCAGUCUUGCGCUUGGGAGGAAGAGGUGCUAGAUACAGCGCUGCCAUAGCACUCGAAAGUCUAUUCUCUGCCGAUCAUAUAAGAAAUGCCGACACAGCCAGGCAAGCCGUCCAACCUCUAGUCGAGAUUCUCAACACCGGACUCGAGAAAGAACAGCACGCAGCCAUUGCCGCACUGGUUAGAUUACUUAGCGAAAACCCAUCGAGAGCUCUAGCAGUUGCAGAUGUCGAAAUGAAUGCCGUGGAUGUCCUCUGCAGAAUCCUUUCGUCCAACUGCUCGAUGGAGCUGAAGGGAAAUGCAGCCGAGUUAUGCGGAGUCCUUUUUGGCAACACCAGAAUAAGGUCGACAAUGGGUGCAGCACGUUGCGUGGAGCCCCUCGUCGCUCUCCUCGUCUCUGAGUAUAGCCCCGCCCAGCAUUCCGUCGUCCGUGCGCUUGAUAAGCUCGUUGAUGAUGAGCAGCUAGCGGAGCUAGUUGCCGCACACGGCGCAGUAGUCCCUCUCGUUGGACUUCUCUACGGCAAGAACUACAUGCUCCAUGAAGCCAUCUCGAGAGCGCUAGUGAAGUUGGGGAAAGAUCGACCUGCAUGCAAAAUGGAGAUGGUGAAAGCUGGAGUCAUCGAAAGCAUACUUGAUAUCCUCCAUGAAGCCCCCGAUUUCCUCUCUUCCGCUUUCGCCGAACUCCUCAGGAUACUGACGAAUAACGCCAGCAUUGCCAAGGGACCAUCUGCUGCCAAAGUGGUGGAGCCGCUUUUCCUGCUGUUGACCCGGCCUGAGUUUGGGCCUGACGGUCAGCACAGCGCAUUGCAGGUGCUGGUCAAUAUCUUGGAACAUCCACAGUGUCGAGCUGACUACAACCUCAAUUCUCACCAAGCUAUCGAGCCACUCAUCCCGUUGCUCGAUUCUCCAGCUCCAGCUGUGCAGCAGCUGGCAGCCGAGCUUCUAUCACAUUUGUUGUUGGAAGAACAUCUCCAGAAAGAUCCGCUGACUCAGCAGGUGAUUGGUCCUCUCCUACGUGUCCUCGGUUCAGGAAUUCACAUUCUCCAGCAGAGAGCGGUGAAGGCGCUCGUCGGCAUAGCUUUGACGUGGCCGAAUGAAAUUGCGAAGGAAGGUGGCGUGGCCGAGCUGUCCAAAGUGAUCCUGCAAGCCGAUCCCUCUCUUCCUCAUGCGUUAUGGGAAUCGGCAGCCGCCGUUUUGGCCAGCAUUCUGCAGUUCAGCUCCGAGUUCUAUCUCGAAGUUCCAGUCGCCGUGUUGGUAAGGUUGCUCCGUUCGGGAACCGAAGGCACCGUAGUCGGUGCAUUGAAUGCUCUGUUGGUUUUGGAAAGCGACGACGGGACUAGUGCUGAAGCAAUGGCGGAAAGUGGUGCCAUUGAAGCUCUGUUGGAGCUCCUAAGGUCCCAUCAGUGUGAGGAAACAGCUGCAAGGCUACUUGAGGUGUUACUCAACAAUGUGAAGAUUCGAGAAGCUAAAGCGGCGAAAACUGCAAUACUGCCAUUAUCGCAGUACUUGUUGGACCCACAAACACAAGGCCAGCAGGCAAGGUUGCUGGCAACUUUGGCUCUUGGUGACCUGUUCCAAAAUGAAGGGCUUGCGAGAAGCAGUGAUGCUGCAUCGGCCUGUCGUGCUCUGGUGAAUGUGCUUGAAGAGCAACCGACUGAGGAAAUGAAAGUUGUGGCUAUCUGUGCGCUUCAGAAUCUUGUGAUGUAUAGUAGAUCAAAUAAACGAGCAGUUGCAGAGGCCGGUGGGGUUCAGGUGGUUUUGGAUCUUAUUGGAUCGAGUGAUCCUGAUACCUCUGUUCAGGCUGCAAUGUUCGUCAAGCUUCUGUUCUCGAAUCACACCAUUCAAGAGUAUGCUUCCAGCGAGACUGUCAGAGCUAUAACCGCUGCUAUUGAAAAGGAUUUGUGGGCAACGGGAACUGUUAACGAAGAAUAUCUGAAAGCUCUAAAUGCACUCUUCAGCAAUUUCCCACGAUUGAGAGCCACCGAACCCGCAACACUCAGCAUCCCUCAUCUCGUCACGUCUUUGAAGACAGGGUCAGAAGCAACUCAAGAAGCUGCACUAGACGCACUUUUCCUUCUCCGACAAGCUUGGUCAGCAUGCCCAGCAGAGGUCUCGAGGGCUCAAUCCAUUGCUGCUGCAGAUGCCAUUCCUCUGUUGCAAUACUUGAUACAGUCUGGGCCACCCAGAUUUCAGGAGAAGGCCGAGUUUCUUCUGCAGUGUUUACCGGGUACCCUGGUGGUUAUCAUCAAGCGUGGUAAUAAUAUGAAGCAGUCGGUUGGUAAUCCAAGUGUCUUCUGCAAGCUUACUCUGGGGAACACGCAGCCAAAACAAACAAAGGUUGUUUCGACGGGUCCUAAUCCGGAGUGGGAUGAGAGCUUCGCCUGGACAUUCGAAAGUCCUCCGAAGGGACAAAAGCUUCACAUCUCAUGCAAAAACAAGAGCAAAAUGGGCAAGAGUUCAUUCGGGAAAGUGACGAUCCAGAUCGACCGGGUGGUGAUGCUGGGAGCAGUGGCCGGAGAGUACACAUUGUUGCCAGAAAGCAAAAGCGGACCCUCGAGAAAUCUGGAAAUAGAAUUCCAGUGGUCCAACAAGUAGUAACCAAACCAAGCGAUUCAUCAGCUGCACAACUCCCUUCCCUUUUUGUGCUGUUCAUCUGUUAAUGUACCAUGCCCGUUCUUUCAUUUUUUUGUUCUUUCUUACUGUACAAGUUUGAAUUGUAUUCGUGUGUAAAUAGCUUGGAAGAAGAGAUCGUUGUUUUGUGGUAGGUUGUCGUCUGCCGAGAGAGAAGCCAUAAGAGAAGCAGGAACAGUAGAAUUUUUGGGCCAUUUUGGUCUGUCAUAAGUGUAUCAUUAUCAUUCUUUUGUAGCUUAUUAUGUUUUCUUUGGUUUUCGGAUAAUCAAAACUCAAAAGACAGAAAUCUGUUUUGUAAUAGUUGUAAGUUCUGCACACUCGAAUAUAUCAUGUUUCAUACUUAAGUUGCCAGUAGUGCUUAUAAACAGUUAUUUUGAUAGUAGUGUAAUUUAGGGAUUGUUUGGAG